GCUUCACGCUCCUACAGUUAGCUUGCAGCAGCAGGUCACUGCUGAAAAAAGUUGCGUUUUGUUAGCUAUGAGAUUACUCUCAUCGGUAUGAUUGCGCGGUGGUGUGUAUUAGCCCUGCCUACACUCUCGGAGUUCAACUAGUGCAGUCAGCAGAAUCUUCAAAUGCAUUUCUUUUUUCUAACUAUUCAUGGGACGUUUGAAAAAUCGGUUAUAGCACGCUAGUUUGUUUUUCCCUCUCAAUAGUUUCGCGAAUUCGGGAUGUUCUCAUCCUCAUCAUGGAGACAAAACGAGGGGAGAUUCCCACCGGUGUAUUGGACGACCUCUGCAGCCGAUUCAUUCUCCACAUUCCCAGUGAAGAGAGGGACAAUGCCAUCAGAGUUUGCUUCCAGAUUGAACUUGCCCACUGGUUUUACCUGGACUUCAGUAUGGAAAAUUCACCAGGAUUACCUCAGUGUGGGAUAAGAGAUUUUGCCAAAGCUGUGUUCAAUCAUUGUCCUUUUCUGUUGCCGCAUGGAGAGGAUGUUCAGAAGGUUCUUGAGCAAUGGAAAGAAUACAAAAUGGGUGUCCCCACAUAUGGUGCAAUUAUUCUUGAUGAAACUCUUGACAAUGCGCUGCUGGUGCAGGGGUACCUGGCCAAGUCCGGCUGGGGCUUCCCCAAGGGGAAGGUGAACGAGGACGAGGCCCCCCACGACUGCGCCGUGCGGGAGGUCCUGGAAGAGACGGGUUUCGAUAUCCGGGACCGCAUCUGCAAAGACACGUACAUCGAGCAGAAAAUCACCGAUCAGCUGGCCCGCUUGUACAUAAUCCCCGGAGUUCCGCGGGACACCAAGUUCAACCCCAAAACGAGAAAGGAAAUCAGGAACAUCGAGUGGUUCCCCGUGGAGAAGCUCCCGUGUCACAGGAACGACCUGACGCCCAAGUCGAAGCUGGGGCUGGCGCCCAACAAGUUCUUCAUGGCGAUUCCGUUCAUGAGGCCGCUCCGGGAGUGGAUCGCCAAGCGCAAGGGAGAGUCGUCGGAGAGCGACGAGGACGCCGCGUCCAAUGGGAGCACUCCGUGCAAGCCGCUGAUGGACAAGAUCCGGCCCAGAGCCCGGCGGAACCAGGUGCUGGCCGAGUCCACUCCAGGGGACGCCUGGCCGAAACAGAAACAGCAGAAGCCGAUCGGCCAGUCCGGCCAGUACGACCUCGCGGACGUCCUGAAAGUGAAGAAUCACAGCUUGAAGGGGAACGGGAAGAAGCACCAGGACCCCCCCAGCCUGAAAAAGAGGACAAACGGGGUGCCGAACGCCCAGCUGGGGAAGCUCCAUCUGGGAGCGAAAGACGACAAGAGACUUCAGCCUCGCCGGCUUCAGGACAACUUUGAAACGGACGCGGCGUGCGACAUGAGCAGCUCCAACGACGAGCUGCCCGCCCGGCAGACGGACUGCAACGGCGACUGCAACGGCGACUCGCUCACCUCCAGGUCGUUCCUCAGCUUCAAGUUCGACCGGGAGGCCAUCAUGAGGUCCUGCUUUGACUCGUGUUAAACGCCAUCCAUGGAUCUGCAGGGAAAGAAGCUCAAGGCUUUUUUAUUUCCUCUCUCCUCUGUCUGUCUCAGGAGUGGGGGGGGGGAGAAUGUUGGGGUGUCUGAGGGGGCGGGGGCGGGACGGCGGGGCGGGGUGGGGUGGGCGGGGUGGUUAUGGGGUCGGGUGGAGGCACCAGAAGCCUACGUUCGUGUGUUGAAGUUUACACGUUUGGAGAAAGGGAACGGCUGACCUGUCAGCUUUUGUAAGUUCACUGACUUGCCCGUCUUGCCUUUUAUCGGCAGCUGGUCCGUUCGGAGAGUUUUAACUGAAAGCCGGGGACUACGGUGUCCUGAUGGGUUCAGCUUCAUCCUCUGGCAGUCCUUGCUUGCUGUGUGCUUCGUCUCUAGCUUAUGGUAACAAAGUUGAGGAAGUGCUGACUUAUUUGGAUUUCUUUCUGUGACCUGUUUUUGUUGGACUUGGAGCGGCGACCCUCCCCAAGCACACUGUGUUUUUUCGGCAAUAAGGCCUGGCGUCCUUCAAGUUGUCACUCAGAAGUUUGGAACGGGGCGCGGCAAGGUUGGAUGGGUCAGGCAGAGGCCUGUGUUUCACGGGUAGCAUGGUCAAAUGAGGCAUGAGGUCUUUUUUGUGUGUGUGUGUGUGUUAGAUCCACACACACACGAAGGUGCUCCAUGGUCUGGCCUGUGGAAGCUCUUAUAGAGGUUUGGCGUUCUGGCUAUCGUAGAUAUCUACACGCUUGUAGCACAGCGCUUUCAAAGAGUGACCAAGUUUUUUUUUCUUCUUUUUUUUUUCCCCCCCUCAUUGCUUUGAAAUAUGUAAGACAGUCAGUGUCUGUUCGGAUAAAGCAGAGUUUCUGCUGCUGUGUUCCAUAGUCGUAACUUUUGAUGAAACACCAAGAAAAGAUAGCCCAGCACCUUGACUAUAUGACUGUACCCAAAACGCUGCCACGUUUGGGGAUUCUUUGUAAUGUACCGCAGAAAGAAAAGAUUAGUAUUGGUAUUUGGGUCAUAUCUGUGGCUAUAAUAAUUUGGUCUGUCCUUCAACGUAAUAUAAUUGGCAUUAAAAAACUAAAACAAGGGUAGUGUUCUCCAACCAAAUUCCUAAAAAAAAAAUCUUACAAGUUAUCAAGUUUCAAAGUAUUUUCGCUCUGAAUCACAUCGUGAUUUUGAACUUGGUCUAAAACGGUAUGGAAAUGCAAAUAUGUUGUAAGUGAAUGUAUCGAUGACGUACAAGAGUAAGGCCUUUUUAGAAUAUUUUAAAUUGGGGGUGUGGGCUAAGAGCAGAAAUGCCAUAUUUUCCAUUUGGUUGAGUGUACAUCCAAAAAUUGCAACUCAAAGCUUGGAGAAGCGUAAAUGUAUUGAGUCACCACUAGGGGGCAGCAAAGUAUUUUUUGUUAUUGUUGACUUCCUAUUGAACCUUUUUGCAAGCCAGUUACCACUCAUUCGAUGAGCUUUGCUGGGGGUGAGUGUUCAUUAACCUCUGUGGUGACAGUUUCCUCGGCCUGCACUGCUACAGUCAGCAGUCAAAGAACGUCUGCAUUCGGCAGAAACAAAAUGGCUUCUAUUUGCCGUCAUUAAAUGGAAAUAUGAUUUUAGCUUGACCUUUUGUGCAUAAAAAUAUUUAUCUAAAUGUGAACAUGGCCUAGGUUGGAGGGAAAAAACCAGUCCUAUGGAAAUACCAUGCUUCAGCACCAUGCUUCAUAACUUGAUACUUGACUUCAUUUGUCCUCUGUCAGCCAGAACAACACCGGUUGGUUUGUUAAGAAUCAUUAAGAUGUUUCCCUCUCCGUUGGCUGUUCGUUGAACUUCACAUGCACUUAAAUUUUUUUUUUUAAACCUGCAAUCUGUAUGCCAGUAAAUCAAUUUUGUCUUGUAUGGACGACUGUGAAAUUACCUUGACCCUGCUGGAUGGAGAAAGGUCCAAUCAUCAAAAAUGGCGGUCACUUUAAUGUCGACAUUCAGGAGCUUGUUAAAUACCAUAAGCCGCCUUUUUAUUAAAGCAUACCAGGGAGAAAGGAUUGUGACCUUUAACCGGAGUUUUAAUGGUGGUAUAAUGCAUAGUUUUUAAGAGUUGGAAGAGUAAUAAGAUAUUCUAGAUUUCUGGCCUUUGGUUGGAGAAGAAUGAUAUUACACACUGAUCGGCAAGCUUUUCAAUUUCUCAGUUUAUUAUGUUAAAUGUAACCAUUGUUUAUUAGUCCUGUCCAGUUAUAUCAGACUUUAAUUAUAAAAACGUCAGGAUAUAUCUGGGUUUUUUUUUAUUUAUGUACAUCUUAUAUUUUUGUAUUAAUGCAGUUGCUGAAUUGCUUCUUUUUUCUUUCACGAAGAGAGGUGACAAUUUGAAUUAUUAUUAUAAUUGUUUUGCCCACAUUGACCAUGUACAAGUAUUUCUUCUCUGGAAAAAUGGCACUGAUGUUUUGACAUGCAGUAAUACGGAAAAGCAGUCACAUUUUACAAGCAUUGUUUCUUUUCUUGUCUGCAGGAGACCUCUCCUUUCACUGCUGUUUAGACCUUUUUUUUGUUUUGCAAUAAAACUGAUUUCUAAAGAGAUGGACAAA